AUGGCGAUACUUUCGAGUGUUCACUUGAACGAUACUCAUUCAGUCAGCGAUUUGCCGUUUGAUAUGCAUCGUUGGAUUCAACAGCGAGGCUCUUUCCAAUCCGUAGCAGUCGGUUGUGAAGGGAUCGUAUGGGCAAUUGCACAGAAUGGGACUGCUUGGGUACUUUCGCCCGAAUUCGAUGUUAUAGCCGAUGAUGUGGAUCGUUCUGAUCAACUGGGUUUAGUACAGAGCGAUGAUAAGCUGGAAAUUGUUUUGGAAACACAAAAAUACAGUUUGUUGAGCGGUUAUUCAACCUUUAAUGGUAAAGCGAUGGGUAAGUACUUCGCAUGGUCGGAUGAAACGGGACAAGUGCUUAAGAGGAAAACCGAGACAAGACUUCCGAAUAAAUACUGGAAUUGGGUUGAUUCAGAGUGGGUGAUUGUUCCAAGCGAAGAUGAUAGCGAGAAUGGGCAAGAAGGAUGGCGAUACGCGAGAAAAUUCGAUGAAGAAUUCGUUGAGACAAAGGGACCAUUGAGGAGGCGUGAAUGGCGGAGAUUACGUGUGAUGGAAAUGCCAGGACCGUGGAUACGGGUCGAUGCACCGAAGCUCUUAUCGGUGUAUGUGCAAAAAACUGAUACGAAACCAAUGUUUGUUUGGGCGAUCACAACUAGUGGUGAUUUGCUAUGCAGAGGCGGCGUUUCGGCACAAAAUCCAGCUGGUGAUUUUUGGGAAGAGGUGUGUGGUGAAAACAUUCACAUAGUGGAUGUAUGCGCAUCAUCGAGCAAUUGCCUUUGGGCAAUCACAGCACAAAACACCGUUUUGGUACGUACAGUAAUGAAUGCAACUGAUAUCACUUGCGCUGACUGGCACACUGUCGAGACACCUUCGGCUAUGACUGGCAACUUGAAGCAGAUCGAAUCUGGAAGAGUUUCAGUUUGGCUGCUGACUGACGAUGGAGAGCUAUUUCUAAGAUUGGGUAUCACGUCAAAGAAUGUUUUAGGUGAUUAUUGGUAUCAGUUCGGCAGUGACAACGGUGCUUUGAUCUGCUGGAUCAGUGUUGAUAAAAACGAUCGACUUUAUGCGAUCAAAAAGAUGAACGCUAACAAGAACUCCGCCAGCUUUACAGUGGUUCGUACGCGUGACUUCGAAUUUGUCAGCGAGAUAUAUCGUCGACGGCAGCACGCUUUAUCGAAGAGUAAGGCUAGGAGUGCAGGGAAAAACAACGAACAACCAGUGAAAAUUGAAUGGGAGACGGGUAUGACGAAUUUUGGGUGCCCGCAAAUUUCAGUUUGGUAG